AUCAACGGGCAGUUACCAGUACUACUAGUAGAGUCUUGACGCCGCCGGGCCAGACGAUUCCCCGUCCCCUUUCUUCAUUCCCUCUUCCGUUGCCGGUGCGUCCGCGUCCUGUCUCUCCCGGUCAGCGAUCGGGAGGGGCGAGGGAUGGCCUCCCAUCCCCCCAACUCCGCCGACGGCGAGGACCCCGCAGGGAAUAACGCGGAAUUGCCAUCCCUGCCCUUUCAUGUUGUUACUAAACCUAGUCAACUCCCAGUUGAGUUUCUUGAGCCCUCUGCUGCCAAGAAAUUGGUGAUUGGAUUUGACUGUGAAGGUGUUGACCUUUGCCGCCAUGGUGCUCUCUGUAUCAUGCAGAUUGCAUUUCCUGAUGCUGUUUACUUGGUUGAUGCUAUUGAGGGUGGAAAAGAACUAGUUGAAGCUUGCAAACCAGCACUUGAGUCCAAUCAUGUCACCAAAGUUAUUCAUGACUGUAAAAGGGACAGUGAGGCAUUGUAUUUCCAGUUUGGCAUUAAAUUACAUAAUGUGAUGGAUACACAGAUAGCCUAUUCCCUGAUUGAGGAGCAGGAAGGUAAAAAGAGAGCAUAUGAUGUUUACAUAUCCUUCGUGAGCCUUCUUGCCGAUCCUCGUUAUUGUGGAAUGCCAUAUCCUGAAAAGGAAGAAGUCCGUACCCUUCUAAGGCAGGACCCAAAUUUCUGGAAAAAUAGGCCCUUGUCUGAAAUGAUGAUUCGAGCAGCGACAGAUGAUGUGCGCUUCCUUCUCAAUAUACAUGAGAAAAUGAUGGAGAAGUUAAGCAAAGUAUCUUCAUGGCGUCUGGCAGUACGAAGUGAGCUAUACUGUAGGUGCUUUUGCAUAAAUGACAACCAGCAGGCAGAUUGGCCGCCUCUUCCAACUGUCCCUGAUGACAUUGAAGCUGAAGCUCGUGUUCCUGAAGUGGAUAUCCUUUCGCUCUUAGAUGUGCCUCCUGGAAAAAUGGGUCGUGUUAUUGGCAGAAAAGGAUCAUCAAUAAUGGCUGUGAAAGAAUCUUGCAAUGUUGAAAUCCAUAUCGGUGGUGCAAAGGGACCUCCAGAUAGGGUGGGGUGUAGUUGAGGUCUGGGAGAUCCAUGUUCUCCAGGCAACUAAAAAGAACUUUCAAGAUUGUUUUAAAGAAGGGCUAUUGAAAAAAGAUGUGUGAGGGCAUCAGUCACUCUCAUGCCGGCAUGCCGCACUUUCAGCUAGCAGGUUGGUAUCUCAACAUUUCUCCAUUCAAGUCAUUUCCCAUAGUGUUUUUUUCGAAGCACUAACUGCAAAUUUGCAUACUAAUAAUGACCGGAGUAUUUUAUUUACAUCAAAUUAUGUCAAACACUUUAGAUUGUUCAGUCAUACCAUAGUGUUUAAAAGUUUGGACAUUCUGAAGAUUCAAAUAAAAAUAGCCAUGUGCACAGUUUACUUGAUCAUGUCAAGUUACAGGUGAAAGAGACCCUCUUAUGGGAAUAAUGGAGUACAGAAAUGAUAGUGAGUUCAAAGUAAGGCUGAGGUAAAAUUUUCGGAGGCCAUGCUCUAUGUUUUACCACUACCCUUCUUGGUAUUCAUGCUCCUGAUAUUCAUACUCCUAUUCCUACUCAAUUUUACCUGAAAUGAGAGUAGCAAUUAUUUUUGCCCAUUAAUUCAUACUCCUACUGAUUUGGAGUACUGAUGAAACUAAGAAGUCCAAACCUGUGUUAAAUUGACAGUACAUGCUCAUUUUUUGUAUUGACAGUACAAGUCCAAACUUGUAUUGACAGUACAUGUUCUACUCAGUGUUCAUCUUUCAGUGUUCAAUAUCACUGUUCAGUUUCAGUGUUAAAUUUCAGUAUUACUCCAAGAUUGUACUACAUGCAAUUAUUCAAAUUAUUUAAGACAGAUGAUUACAUCAAGUUUAUGAUCAUCAAAUUGUUUACUCGGAUGAUGCAGAGGGAGUAAUGGGCGAGGAGAUGAACCUAGGAGAGCAAAAUUGAGAACUCCAGCUAAAGCAGCUCCUGCCCAGCGGCGAGGACUUCAGCGGCAGCAGCACCUGUGCAUGGGGAGGAACAGCCCUUGGGCGCGCGUAGGCAGCAGCUCGCCUCCACUAGCGGGCGGCAGCAGAGCACCAGCUCGCCUCCACCAGCGGCCGGCAGUAGAUCAGCACCUCGUCUCCACCAGCGGGCGGCAGCAGAGCACCACCUGGGCGCGCGGGGGCCGGGAGGAGCCCCUGGCGUGGGAGAGGAGCGCGGGGGUGGAGGGCAGGUGGCGGAGCCGCGGAGGCGGAGGUGGAGUGCCGGGGCGGAGGUGGAGGGCGGGUGGCAGAGCCGCGGAGGCGGAGGUGGAGUGCCGGGGCGGAGGCGGAGGUGGAAGACGCUGAGGAAGAUGACGGACAGAUUCAAAGUUUGAACUGGGGGCAUAAAGGUCCAUUUGCCCAUUUUCACCUGGUCGGAACAUAUUCCCCAGCGACAUACAUUUCGGAACAGAGGGAGUAUAUGCAAGUCAUUUUCUGUUGUAUGGAUAUGCAAUCCAACGCCAACACCUAGUGAGAAAGUGGUUUAAGUACCCGCAGAAACAUAAAAUAGUCUUUGAUUCUCCUUGUCAAUAAGGCUAAAGUCAAAACAU